CCUCCUCAAUGGAAGGAGAAAGGAGGGAAAAUAAUAAUAAUAAUAAUAAUAAUCUAUAAUCUCUCAUUUCCUUUCUUGGUCAUCGAGUUUGGGAUCUUUCUCUCCUGUAAGUGCAGGUCAAAAAUGGGUGCUGGAGGACGAAUGACCCCAAAAGAGCACAAGUCUCAACGACUCCAAAAGGGCACCUUUCCUCGCGUCCCCACCGAGAAACCCCCCUUCACUCUCGGCCAGAUCAAGAAAGCCAUCCCUCCCCAUUGCUUCGAACGUUCUGUUCUCCGCUCUUUCUCCUUCAUACUCUACGACCUAAUCAUCAUCUCCACCCUUCUAUACCUCGCCCUCUACCAAAUCCCCAGCCUACCCUCACCCUUCAAUUACAUAGCCUGGCCUUUAUACUGGAUUUGCCAAGGUUGUGUUUGUACUGGUAUUUGGGUCAUUGCCCAUGAGUGCGGGCACCAUGCUUUUUCAGACUACCAACUCCUUGACGAUGUUGUCGGUUUAGUCCUUCACUCUGCCUUACUAGUCCCAUACUUCUCGUGGAAAUACAGUCAUCGUCGCCAUCACUCUAACACCGGUUCUUUAGAGCGUGAUGAGGUUUUUGUUCCAAGGCCUAAAUCUUCUCUCCCUUGGUUCUCGAAAUAUCUCAACAAUCCCCCUGGUAGAUUCAUUUUCCUCUUUGUUAGCCUCUCCAUGGGAUGGCCAUUGUACUUAGCCUUCAACCUCUCUGGCCGCCCCUACUCUAGAUUUGCAUGCCAUUAUGAUCCCUAUGGUCCUAUCUACUCUGAUCGGGAGCGUGCUCAGAUCUUCAUCUCUGAUGCUGGUGUGCUCACCGUCUUCUAUGCUUUGUACAAGCUGGCUACUGCAUUCUCCUUGGGUUGGGUGAUUAGAAUCUAUGGAGUGCCUUUGUUGAUUGUGAAUGGAUGGUUGGUGCUGAUCACUUAUUUGCAGCAUACUCACCCCGCACUGCCUCAUUAUGAUUCGUCGGAGUGGGAUUGGUUGAGGGGUGCGUUGGCUACUGUCGAUAGAGAUUAUGGCAUUCUAAACAAGGUGUUCCAUAAUAUUACAGAUACCCAUGUUGCUCAUCAUCUCUUUUCGACGAUGCCACAUUACAACGCGAUGGAGGCGACCCAGGCGAUAAAACCGGUACUUGGGGAGUAUUAUCAGUUUGAUGGGACUCCGGUUUAUAAGGCGAUGUAUCGGGAGGCAAAGGAGUGUGUUUAUGUGGAGUCUGAAGGGGAGAAACAAAAGGGAGUGUACUGGUACAAUAAUAAGUUCUGAUAUUGAGGAGAUGGUUGUAGUGGUGGGUUACUUGUUCUCUGUGUCUGUGUGUGUUUUAGUUGGUCUGGCUUUGGUCUCCUUUUCUAUCUCGGAACAAGGAAGAAAGCGUUUUAAAGUAAUGAAAACCAAAGAAGCAGAAGCGCUGCAAUGUGAUAAUUUCAUACCCUUUUUUUUUUGCAUCUUGUAUUUGCUCUGUUUUGUUCUAAUGGAAUGCUUUGUUAAAUGCAGUCAAGAUGUGCCUGAUUUUGUUCUGUUGA